ACAAUUCCUACACGUCAAUUUCUACGCGAAACAAAGGAAGGCUUAGAGCCUCAGUGAUGUCAUCGCAGUAGAGCUAGUUAAGGACCACUUGCGAGCAGUACAACGAAUCUAUGAAUCGCGCGCGAUUCGUAUCGCAUCAUGAGGAGGGGAGUCAGGGCCUUGGGAGAGCAAGGAAGCCACCUCUUCGACCAAAAUUCGAAGAUCAUCCAGUUGGGUCGAUCAGCCCGGGUCGAAGAAGCCGUCAAUGUCUUCUCCAGUAUGGCCCAGAAGAACACCGUGACGUACAACUCCAUGAUCUCUGUUUAUGCCAAAAACGGGAGGAUCCACGAUGCCCGGAAGCUGUUCGACGGAAUGCCGCGGCGGAACUUGGUUUCCUGGAACACCAUGAUUGCCGGGUACCUGCAUAAUGAUCAGGGCGAGGAAGCUUAUCAGUUGUUCGAGAGAAUGCGUAAUAGGAACUGUCGUACGUGGACUUUGGUUAUAACGUGCUUUAUGCGGAGUGGGCAGCUCGAGAGAGCGAGGAAGCUGUUUGAUUUGGUUCCCGAUAAGCAAGAUGUGGUUUUGUGGAAUGCCAUGAUAGCAGGUUAUGCAAAGAAGGGUAAAUUCGAAGAAGCGAAGCUACUUUUUAAUGAGAUGCCGGUUAAGAACUUAGUUUCAUGGAAUUCAGUGCUUGCGGGGUAUACAAAGAAUCAGGAAAUGCGUUUGGCAUUACAGUUUUUUGAUGAAAUGGUGGAUAGAGACAUUGUGUCAUGUAAUUUAAUGCUAGAUGGAUUUGUUCAGCUGGGUGACAUAGACUCUGCUUGGGGCUUCUUUACAAGGAUUCCAGACCCUAAUGUUGUUUCUUGGGUGACUAUUUUAUGUGGGUUGAUGCAAAAUGGUAGGGUUCUGGAGGCCAGGGGACUCUUUGACAAGAUGCCUAGUAGGAAUACCGUUUCAUGGAAUGCAAUGAUUGCGGGGUAUAUCAAUAACUGUCAAAUGGAUGAUGCCAUGAGCCUGUUUAUGAAAAUGCCAGAAAGAGACUCUGUGUCAUGGACGACUGUGAUUAAUGGAUAUGUUCGCAUUGGUAAUCUUGACAAAGCAAGAAACCUUUUGGAAGAAAUGCCCUUAAAAAAUAUUGCAUCCCAAACUGCAAUGAUACAUGGGUAUGUGGAAAGUCGAAGAAUUGAUGAAGCUGGUCAAUUAUUCCAUCAGAUUGAAACCCGUGACCUUGUUUGUUGGAACACCAUGAUUGCAGGAUAUGCUCAAGUUGGAAGGAUGCACGAAGCCUUGGACCUGUUCAAUCAAAUGUCAAAGAAAGAUGCAGUAACGUGGAAUACUAUGAUUGCGGGUUAUGCUCAAUCUAGAGAAAUGGAAAGUGCAGUUGCAAUAUUUAGGGAGAUGAAAGAGAAAAACAUAGUUUCAUGGAAUUCUUUAAUAACAGGCUUCCUUCAAAACAAUUUAUAUUUGGAUGCUCUGAAGAGCUUCGUGUGCAUGUGUAAGACGGGAAUGAAGCCUGAUCAUUCAACCUUUGCAUGUGGACUCAGUGCUAGUGCCCAUCUUGCUGCAGUACAGAUGGGCAAGCAGCUUCACCAACUUGUAAUAAAAAGUGGUUAUGUUGGAGAUGUGUUUGUUUGCAAUUCCUUGAUUGCCAUGUAUUCUAAAUGUGGACAUAUGAUGUUCGCUCAACUUGUGUUUGAAAGUACGGACAAUCCUGAUGUUAUCUCUUGGAAUUCCCUGAUCACUGGAUAUGCUUGGAAUGGUCAAGGAAGUGAAGCUGUUGCACUCUUUGAUCAGAUGCUUCUGGAAGGGGUUACUCCUGACGAGGUGACCUUUAUCGGAGUUUUGUCUGCUUGCAGUCAUCGCAACCUGAUUGAUGAGGGAACAAAAUACUUCAGAAAAAUGACGGAACUGUUCGCCAUCAAACCUCUAGCUGAACACUAUUCUUGCAUGGUGGAUUUGUUCUCUCGAGCAGGAAAAUUUGAAGAAGCAUUUCAAAUUGCUUGUGAUACAAAGACUAAAGAAAAUGCUGGAUUGUGGGGUGCACUGCUCGGAGCUUGUCGGAAGCACCAGAAUCUAAAACUUGCCAAAUUAGCAGCUGAGAAGCUCUCAGAACUUGAAUCUGAUAAAACAUCGAACUAUGUACUCACAUCCAACAUAAAUGCCGAGGUAGGCAAUUGGGAUGAAGCGGAGAAAGCAAGGAUAUCGAUAAUGGGGAGUGGAGCAGAAAAGCAAGCUGGCUGUAGCUGGAUCGAAUUGAAAAAUCAGGUUCAUAUAUUUGUAUCCAAUGAUCAAGCGCUUCCCAAACUACAAGAGAUCUACACAACAUUGAACUCCUUAACUGCAAAGACUUUUGUCACAUGUGUGGCAUAAAAGGCAGAGUCCUUCAAAUUUUCCGUACCUCUAACAUUUUACAGGAAAAUGGAUUAUUGAUCAUUCUGUUGCUUAUAAUUAUUAACAUCCCAUACUUGCCAAACUGUAUAGUACUUUACUAACUUGUACAUUUGCAAGUGUUCUUUCUUUUGUUAUGCGAGAUUGUACAUUUGCAAGUUGACAUCUGAUUUUUCUGCUGUUGAGAAGCCUUC